GUUAGCAAAAUUUCCAGUGAAAGAUUCUAUAGAUAAAAAAAGACAAUAUAAACUUAAGGGACAUUAUAUUAAUGAGGAUGACCAGUUUUCUAAUGGUAACGAUAGGAGUACAAAAAAAGUGUAUGUCAAAAAACGUCAAGAUGCGAAUACUAACGCUUUAGAUAAUUUAACAGAUAACCAAAUUGAUUAUGACUUAGUUAGUGAAAUGGAAGAGAAUGCCACCACUUUAUUUAUAAGCCAAACUCCAACGAAAAAGACUGCAGGACCCUUUAACGAUAUCGAAAAAGAGAAAUUAUUUAGUAGGGCCGACGAAUUACUGAAAAGUGAAAGUUCAUUAGUGACAAUACCCACUAAGAGUGUUGAAGAACAUGAAUACUUAGAAGCAUUCGAUGAUAAAGAUGAUAGCCCUGGAAAACCUGGAAAAAUUGAAAGUAACGAAUAUGGUUCUGACAACGAUAUUUAUAAUAAUGAGGGAGUAACAUUAAGCGAAGAAGAAAUCGAAAGCCAGAUAUCGGCAGUUGUCGAAGAAAAUAAAACGGAUGAAGUUGAGGAUAAAGAGGCUAAAGAAAUUUUUAAGAUUGCCGAGCAGCUCUUAGCUUCUGAUGAACUAACAACAAACGUAGGCUCUGGUUCCACAGUGCCAAGAUCAAGCACUAUCCAAGCUAAAAGUUCUUCUGUUAAGUCCACCACCAUUGCCUCAUCAACAAAUAUCUCAACAACACUGCUGCCUUCCAAAAGUACUUUUCUCACAACUAAUAGUACAGUGCCGUCUUGGACAAGUACUUUGCCCCCAACUACUAGUAAAAUAUCACCAACAACUAUUUCGGUGCGGUCAAAAACAGUGGCCAUUACUUCAUCUGCUACCCCGUCAACAACCAAACAAACGAAAACCACGACCGAGGAUGAAACAUGCAAACCAGUUAUGAAUUCAAACGGCGUAAGGGCAAUUCGAGAACUCGAAAAUGCAAUAAAGAAUAAACAGAAGAAAGUAAAAAAAGAUAGUCCUUGGAAGAUACCGUCAAGAGAAACAGGAAGUGUUUAUUACACUACAUGCGAAUAUUGUGCUGAAAAAGACUUGAUAGUAACAACAGUUUCAACGGACACUAGAAAGUGGGACAAAAAAUUAUGGACAGCGUUGUGGACUGGUGAAGCCACAAAACGGAUAAUUAAAGGACAAAGUGUACCCACAUUUAACUAUAUGACACUAUUGGCUUCAUAUAGAUUUAGAGGCAGUACAAUGGGUGGAACAGCAAUCUCUGAAGGCGAAAGAUUAAAGACAGAAGAAGAUACAACAGAGGAUUUUAUUACUACUAGUGCUGAAAGUGAAGAAACUAAAGAAAAAUCUGUAGAAAGUUCUACUAGCUCUAAUAGUAUAGAAACAGGAGGAGAAUCUAUAGAAAGUACUGCUGUUUCCGAAAGUGUAACAAUAAAAGAAGACUCUGAAAAGACUACUAAGGCAGACGCAGCCAGAGAAGAAACUAGUGGGACUUCGAAAGAAAUUAGUGCUAGUUCUGCGGAGGGAGAAACUGGAGAGGUAUCUAAAGAAAGCACUUCUACUUCAGAAUCUAAAGAAACAAUAGGACAAUCUAAUGAAAGUAGUAGUGAUGCCCAGACGGAAGAAACUAGAGAGACCUCUAAAGAAAGUACAACUGGUUUUGAAAGUCAAGAAACGGAAAUAGAAUCUAAAGAAAGUAUUAGUAGUGCUGAGAGUAAAGAAACAGAAUCUAAUGAAACAACUGUUGAUCAAAGUAAAGAAAUAGAAGUAAAUACUAAUGAAAGUACCACUGGUACUAAAAGUCAAGAAACGGAAAGCGAAUCUGAAAAAAGUAAUAAUGCGGCUGAGAGUAAAGAAACAGAAUCUAGUGAAACAACUAUGGAUCAAAGUAAAGAAAUAGAAGUAAAACCUACAGAAAGUACUACUGGUCCUAAAAACGAAGAAAAAGAAAUUAGUACUGGUGAUGAAAGUAAACAAACACAAGAAGAAUCUCAAGUAAGUACUAUCGGUGUUGACAGUAAAGAAGUAGACGAAAAACCUAAAGAAAGUACUACUGGUGAUGAGAGUAAAGAGACAGAAGAAGAAUCUGAAGAGAGUACUAAAAUUUCUGAAGCUGAAGAGAUACCUAAAGAAAGUACUCCUGGUUCUGAAAAUAAAAAGACAGAAGAAGAAGAAUCUGAGGAAAGUACGGUUAAAGAUCUUAAGUCGCAGGAAGAGGAAAAAACAGAUAAAGGCUUAGAAACUAUUUCUGGGUAUCAAUUUGAGACUGAAACCCCUAAAAAGAAUAUUGAAGACAGUGAAAAAUCAAUAGAGAAAGAAUCUGAAGAAAAAUCAACCAAUGAAAGCAAUGAAAUAGAAAACUCUGAAGAGAAAAAAGAUAAAGAAAAAGAAAACGGCUACGUAAAAGAAAGUACACCUGGUUCUACAAAUAAAAGAGAAGAAAACACUGAGGAAAGUACGGCUACAGAUUUUAUAUCAAAGGAAGAGGAGGAAGAAACAGAUACAGGCUUAGAAACUAUUGCGAGUAACGAAUUCGAGAGUGAAAAACCUAAAGAGAUUAAUGAAGAAAGUGGAGAGUUAAAAGAGAAAGGAUCAGAAGAAACAUCAAGCAACGAAACAGAAAAAUCUGAAGAAGAAAAAAAUAAAGAAAUUGUAAAUAAAGAAGAAGGCGAAGAAGAAAAAGAUAACAGCACAGAAAAAGAAGAAAGCGAUUUAAAGAAAACAGAAGAAGAGUUAUACGACGAAAAGAAAAAGGCCAGGAAAAUACCAACUAAAAGGAAAGGGUUGACCACUUGCCGCAUAUAUUAUAAAUAAUUACUCUCAUGAGAAAGCAAGAAUCGGUCCUUUCCAAUAAAUUUUGAGAAAUAUAUUUUAGAAAUAUGCGAAUGAAAUCACAAUCUUAUGCCUAAUCUGAAGCCGAUAUCUAUCCAAUCGCUCGAUUGUAACGCUGGAUAAAAAUUAUAUAAGAUGGAUCCUAUGGUAUAAACAAAUGUUUAGAAAAAGUUGAUGUGAAUUGCUUGUCUAAUUCCAUACCAUUUGCAAAUACAAAAUAUUAUUUGCAAAUGGACAUAUUUAUUAUAAUUUACUACUAUUUUUUUGUACAUUGCAAUACCAAUACUCACAUAACCAUAUUAUAUUAAGCAUUUAUUAUAAAUAUGUAAUAAGAAUCACGAUGUAGUGUUAGCAUAUAUAUUUUAUUCUAUUAGUGGUAUUAUAGCUUAAUUAAACUAAAAUAAAAUAAAAAUUUUAAUUAAA